GGCAUAAGCAAAAAUUUAGUUCAAUAGUAAAAAAUAUAUUAUACUGCAUUUUCCCAAAACACAUCUAACAGGAAAUCUUUUUGGUAGAAAAUUUAAUUUUUUAAAGAAUAGUGUACAAUUGUCUGUAUGAUGCGAAUAUAAAACAGAGACAUGUGCCUGAAGUUAGUGACGGUCACAAAAUUAAGCUUCAUUGCUUUUUAUUACCCAAGACGAGGCGAUGUCGCCGUUGUUUUUGUUAUUCGUGAUCUCUACAGCAUCCGGCGAUGGAACGUCUAAAAGCAGUCCUCAGCAAUACCUUACUCUGAAAGCCGCAAAGUCUGCGGGCGUGAAGGAAGAGCCAGCGUUUGAAAUAGUGGACCUGUACCCACUCAACCACUAUCCAAAAGUUGUAAAUAAUUCCGUAAGCAACAUUACCGGCCAGAUCGGCUCGUCCGUCUUCCUGCCGUGCCGCACACAGCAUUCACUGGAGAGACAGGUGUCAUGGGUACGGAGGCGUGACUGGCACAUUCUCACGUCAGGACUCACGUCCUACACGAAGGAGCGUCGGUUCAGUGUGCACCAUCCCGAGGGUAGCACCGAGUGGACGCUGGCCGUCAAGUACCUCAAGCUGGAUGAUGCCGGUACCUACGAGUGCCAGAUAUCAGGAGGAGCAGGCAUGGUAUCGCAGUUGUCUAUACUGACGGUGGUGGUACCACAGGCUGUGAUACCAGGCAAUGGCGAGUAUCACGUUGACACUGGCUCUACCAUCUCCCUCACUUGCUUCAUCGAGAAGAGUUCGGUGGCACCGCAGUACAUUUUCUGGUACCACAACUCGCGCAUGAUCAACUACGACCAGGAGCGCGGUGGGGUGGUCGUUCACACGGAAACGGAGCCUCGCGUCAUGUCGCGUCUCACCAUCGCCGACGCCCGACCCUCAGACUCCGGCAACUACACAUGCGACGCAGAAAACACAGAAGCUGCCAGUAUCACUGUAUACAUCACUCAAGGCAACAAUAUUGCUGCAAUUCAACCCAGAGACGUGAAUCACAGCUCGCCCCUGCAGAGUUCAGCUGGAAUAAUUUUUGUAACCGCAAUUUUUGAGCAUUUGUUUCUCACCAUUUUUAUCUGCAGAAGUUUUAUGAAUAUUCCAUGCUUGAUACCGCUGCCUGAUUAGAUUGAACACGCUUCUAUCGCCCAAUUGCAUUUACCAAUUCCGGAUGGCAGAGAUUCUCGGUGAAUAACUUAGAUGUUUGAUGGUAAUUGAUGUAAGAUGGUUUUAUACAAUUUCCAAAUCCAUAAUUUGCAAACUAUGUAAGGAAGUUUUGUGUUGUGAAUAUAUUUCGUUGUACGUUGUUCGAUUUUAGUUUUUCUCAAAAUUUUUGCGCUUAUGAUUCCAUGAAGCAAGACUGUGAAUAUUCAGAUCGUAAACAAAUACGUAAAAUCUGCAAAGUUUGAACUUUAUUUUUAUUUAAACUGAAAAUGAUUACAUCCAACCAUAAUAUUGUGAUAACUUUUAACCAGGAUAAAGUGCUUCAAGCAUGCACUAUUUUACUGAAAAAGAGUGGAAGUUCAGUGAAAGUUCCACGAGUGAAACGAAUGCAGGAAAAAACUAUUCAUGUCAUUCUAACUUGUGUUCAGUUUAGAUUUUGGUCUUUGUCUUCGUAUGCCGAGUUUUAACUCCUCUGUGUGUGAACUUUCAAUGUCUUUUGUGACUUCCACACCACUUUGAGAUAAGUAGUUUAAGAUACGGUAUGAAUUAAGCGAAAAUGUCAACUAUAUGUGUGCAUGGCUCAUUGAAAAUUAUGAAUAUAUUUCCAUUUAAA